CCCAUCUCUUGCUCGUCCAUCUCGUCCGUCUUUCUCGACAGCAAAACCCAAUCUCAGGCCCUGCCGCGCCCCGUCCGCCUGAGCCCCUUCGUCCCGUUCACAAGAUCAUGGGUGCAUCGUCUCUCACCUGCACUUCUCACGCGUUUUUGUUUGCAUAGUUAUGGCGUUUUUCAGCGAGGCGUUUUAUUCUCCUCAGUCUCCCCCAGCUUCUUCGCUCUCCCCGCCAGUUGCAGGCGGCGCCAGUGGUCCAGCCAGCCGGCUGGACUUGGACGUCGAGCAGACGCUUGACGAAACCAUCGACUUCCUCUCGUCCUCCGACAUCGACAAGCUGCUCAGCAGCUCCCCUCGAGCCGAGACGCCCCGGAAACACAGACCACUCGACACACCUCCGUCCAGCGUCGUCACCCACAAGCUCGCCUCGUCCAACCCACCACAGAAGCGCGUCGAUUUCGCGCCUUUCACGUCCACAAACUGGGGGUGGGCCGCCAACGCCGGGCCUGAUGCGCACAAGGAGAACACAUCCUCGCUGCUGAGGAAGCUUCAACCGUCCAAAGAACGCAGCUCCCUGCGCUCCAAAUCUAUUCUAAAGCCAACCAGCCGCCGCGAAAACGGCCAGGACGCCUUCGGCAGCAGCAGCAGUAGCAGCAGCCCCAAUAUGGCUCCCUCUUCGAGUUCGUGGCCCCAAGUUCUGGACGCAGGAUUGAGGCAGCUUCGCUCCGAGGCGCCCACCACCCGUCUAGACGCGUGGCGGAUGAUGCAGCAGUAUCUCGCCACUGCCGGGCCAUCUGUGGAGAGGAGCGACGAGCUCGGCGAGAAGCACAAUGCCGUCCUGUCAAUUGCUCUCACUGAUCUGAAGCACAGGGACAGUCAGCAGUCAGGCGGAAUGCCCAACCAGCUGCCUAAUUACGCCCUCAAAUUCUUGGCCAGGCUCGUGCAGCUUCCGGCCGAGUUGUCCUCGUCGCUGCUGAACGACCUCGUCAGAACCACUAUCGAAGAGCUCCAGCGCGAGGACAUGUCUAAAAAUCUUCGCAGGUGCUACAUGGAGCUUCUCCACCAGCAGAACUUCGGUUCGGACGUCAUGUCGAGCGCACGCGUGCGCAAACUCGUCGAAGCCAUCCACAGCUCGAAUAAGGUUCAGAUCAGCUCGGGUAUCUUGCUGGACGAGAUCAAAGUAUGCAGGAAGUUCGUCGAUCAGGCGCCCGAAGGAAUGAUAGCUUCCGCGUCGAGUUGGCUGGAUAUCUUGUACCUCGGCGUUCAGUCGGAAGAGCUGGCCGUCUUUCGUAUCGCUGUAGACGCCUUGUUCGAGGUAGGCCUCAAGCUGGGGCACCGCAUCGAGGUCUCAAGGGCUUUCCAGAAGCUGCUGUCGGCAGCGGUCGGCGAAGCAACUGAACUUACCCAGCUCCAGCACCUAGAAGCGGAGAUGAGGCGGAGGGCAGACUUCGCACUCGACACGACACAAGCCGGACUCAUUCCGAAGCUCCUAUCGGCCGUGCUCAUGCUGCUUCGGGCCAAGGGCCCAUCGACUGUCUUGCAGUCGCACACCAAGUCAAUGCUGUCGGUGUUGCGGACGUACUUCCAGAAAUCGGCAGUUUCGACGCAGUCUCUUGCUUGGACUGCGUGGAGCUGGCUGAUAAUCGCAGAGAUGCACGGUGGAAGAUGGCCCGAAGAGACUCGCGCAGCCCUGCGCCGGCCCAUGGAGAAGCUCUUGAUGGACUCGAGCGUCGAAUACGAAUUCGACAAGCAAACACCCUCCUACGUUGUCUCUACUUAUCUCGUGCUGCUCUACUGCAGCUUUGCUCCCGAUUCUAAACCUGGCGAGAUAAAGUCAAAGUGGGACAUAUACGUUGCAGAUGUCUUGAAAUCGAUGGUUCAGAGCCAAAGCAGAAGUCAUGUCGGGCUGGCAUGCGACAUCGUAUGCAGGCUGCUGUCUUCCAAGACGCCGUGGGAUCCCCAAAUGCUCCUACAACUGCGCAAGCCUUGGCAUUCGUUGAUUCUGAAGGUCGACGAUCUGCCCAGAAUCGAUGCUGCGUGGAUACGAUCGAACCUGGACCCUGUGCUUCGACUGCUCGACAGGAUCUUCAAGUCGCCGCAGCGAGCAGAGUAUUCCGUGCCCGUGUUGAAGGCAUUGCUGGACGCCUUGGCGCAUGCAAGUGCCAAUGAAGUCACCACGACAAGGGAGGCUAAAGAGGCGGUCGCUCGGAUCACAACGUACCUGAACCAUCUCUGGGCUCCGUACAGUCGCAAGACGAAGGAUACUGUGCUCUUCGGCCAGCUUCUUGACGUGCUCUUUCAGGAACCUUCAACAACCCCCAGGAGCCGCAUUGCCAUCUUUGCAGAAAACAUACUCCGAAAGGCUACGCACGGAGACCAUUUCGAGGUUGCAACCACUCCAUCCCACCGCUCAAACAAUACCUCGCCGCCGACCUCGACGAUCGCUCAUUUCCUCGAUCUUGCUACACAGGAGUUAGUCGGUCAACAUCCUCGAACCGAGCUGAGCCAACAACCCGACGACCAUGCCACUGUUCUGUACAAUUUGAUCAAGCAACUCGCAUUCCACGUUUAUGCUUCACAGCCAACACUCGUUGGCAAGAUCGCCACACUCUGCAACAACAUACGGCGAUUGAUCAGGAAGAAGAAGGACAGCGAAGGAAGUCAUGUUCACGCUUACAUCGAUACACUGUGUCAAGACGGGCUCAGCGAAAUUGAGCAUCUGGUUAUAGGCGCGAAAACAGAUGGCCACAAUGCUUCAGAGCCGCUCGAGCGUGCGUACGAACUUCUGACAAACACGAUGUCCGACAUUGCGUGCUACUCCACUGGUGUUUCGAAUCAGCUGACUGCAUGUUACCGAGCCGUUCUUGACAGGGCUCGUUCGGAACUUGGGGUGGCCGGUUCUCUGAUCAGCGUCGUAGAAGCGUGCGCUCGUGGCGUCCUUCACAGACUGAAUGAUGAACGCGAUAUUAAGGUGCAACACAACACCCUGCUCGACUUCGCCGCAACAAUUCUGGAAACAACACCUGUCGCGGUACCCUCACUAGAGAUUCGGAAGGCAAUUGAACGUUUUGGAGGUGGCCGAUAUCCCUCUGGAAAAAAGAAGGCUGACCAUCAUGAGGUGUACCAGAUGGUAGAUCACGUGCUCCGGAUUGUCUACGAACACGUAGCUGGAGAAACUGCUACCGUCAAGUCAAUAAUUCAUCUUAUCAAUGCCCUGAUUCAGGCCUUGAGGAAGCAACGUACUUCGGCCAUCAACCUAAUUAAGGUCAUGCAAGUCGGCAUUGCCAUCUUUGUUCGUGACAAGCACGGGAAGAUCUUUGGGACCAACGCUGUGAAUUUACCCUCAGGAGCAUUUAUUGAGCUUUGGACCACUAUCUGCAUCACCAUCUUUGAGCACAACGACCAAAAAACCCUUACGACCUUUGAUGACCUAAUAGCAGCUGGUCUGACAAGCCGCUCCUCACGAAUCGCCAACGAAACGGUGAACGCGUGGAAUGAAUUCUUCGGACUUCAGGCUGACUUGAACUACCCUGCGAAGACGGCGAAGGCGCUGAGGCAGCUGACGGCAAUAGACGUUGACCUUCAGCUUGCUUCAGCUCUUCCUCAGGCAGAUGAAGAGACUCCUGAUUCACCACUGAUCAUCGAAAGCAUCGAGUCCGUUUCGGAGACAGAAUCUGUUCUGGCGCCUCCGACACCGAAACCAGUGUCACAAUUGUCUCGGCCGUCAACAUCUCCAAUGCCAGCCGCUUUGCGAGCUCGCCGAGUCACAAGUACGACACCCAGAGGAAAGCCGAAGCCCCGUCAUGAAGACUCUCAAAUCCAGUUCGAGCCAAUUCCUUCAUCGCCAUUGCCACAGCCCGAUCCAAGCACGCUUACGGAACGGCAGAAGGAAGUUGCCGAACGUCAACGGCAUGGCGAAGGAGCGCUUUUCGCAAAUAUUUCGAGCCCUGCUCCACCAAAUCGUACGAGACACGUCAGCGUAGAUCUUCCUGAUGAGGAUGAAAUCAUUCCCACGCCAUCAACCCCUGUGUUGGCUGCAAACAUGGAUGACGCGAUCCCAAGUUCGUCGCCUGUAGUGGCAUCGGUGAAGCGUAGAGAACGUAGCGCUCGUCGUUUGCCCCCUGCUGGAGUCGAAUUCAAUAAUACACUCGCAACUUCACAAGACGACCUUCCUUCUUCCCCGCCAGCAUUGAUCGAAGAGACGUUGGUGACACGCUUGCAUAGUUCUGCUACCCCUUCGCUUAGAAAUGAUAAUGCCGAACACCUCCGGCGCAAACGUGACAACCUGAUUAUGGGCCUUCGAAAGUUGCAGUCGAUCCAAAACAGACCUCUAGAAUCCCUUUCCACCACCACCAUAUCUACGGUGGAAGAUGCCCCAUCGUUGAUGAAGCAGACGCAUUCUCAACACGGCGAAAUUGAACACAGCAUUCCCUCAACAGCACCCGAGGACACGGAAUCCUCCAAUAGCAUACGAGGACAUACAAUAAAGUUGACGGAGUCGAAUGAGACUCGUGUUGAAGACUCUUUCAUCGGCCCUGACACCGAAGAAUCGCGGGAUGCAAAUCAUAAGAAUGUGUCAGUUGAACAGUCGUUCGAUGAUAGCCAGGACAUCAGCCAGCGGGAAGCCUCUUCGCCAAUGGACUCGCAGCCAAGGAAACGAAAGCGAGGACGAACUGCGUUAAGCAGCACAAAGCGAAGGAGAACAUCUGAUUCUUUCGCCUACAACACCACAGACAUUAUUCGUUUCAAGCCAAAAGGAAAAUUGCAGGCCAUUGAUGAGAUGCUGCCCACGAUUCGUGUCAGAAUUCCUUGUGAAAAUGAGUCUGAGCCUUCAUACCCAGACGAAGGCACUACGUCGGAAGAACAACUCAUACACUCGUCUAACACUACCAGACCGGGACGAACACGCCGCUCGAAGCCACAAGAAGCUCUCGAGCAGGAGUCAAAAGUCCGUACAGGCUCGCGCAAGCGAGGUCGUUCUUCUGCCAGAUCACAAGGCUUUGAUAAUGACUAUGACGCAAAUACUAAGCGUACUAAGACAUCCCCAAGAACGCCCACGAGUCGGUCACGAUCAGCCAGUGUGCAUUAUGUUGAGGUCACACCUGGCGAUGCUGAGGGUCGGGAAAACAGCAUCUCCACGAGAACUGACACACCCAAAGCUGAAACGAUCAUAUCUCGAUCACAGAACAAGGCGCUUGGUGAGUCGAAAGAUGGCGUUAUCUCCAGAAAUCAUGCGGGCUUGGCCGGUCCAGCUGCCAAUCGAAGCUCCACUCACGUAGAGCAUAUCCCACCAGUCGAAACAGACGCAACAGUGUCCGAGCAAGUUAAUGAAGGUACAAAAACUCAGGUGGAUGAGCCGCUGGAAGGUGAAGUUUCGGCACGAAUUCCUGGGGACGAACAUUUUCCUUCAGCUUCACCCACACGCGCAAACAGCCCAGUGCCCAGUGUGGCUACCUCCCUUGCCAGCAGUCAGGCCAGUCAGUCGAGUCAGAUGAGCUCAUUUUCUGUUUCCGCUUUUAAAGAUGUGAUGUCCAGGUUUGUGGAGCAAAUAAAGGACUUUGUCAAUGGUGGUCGUCGGCUUGCAACGGAAGAAGCGGCACAGCGGAUGGCUGAGGAAGCAACUAGAACAGUGGAAAAGUUAGCAAGGAGAGCAGAGAGGAAUCGAUUAGACUAUCCUGCCCAAUAGGAUGAAUUAGCAUAUGCUGCCUCCGUUUGCCAACAAUUUAAUAGAAUACAGUUUGCCAUCGAGCUUCAAUGUACAAUCACAUAUCA